GAGGAAAAGGAACUUGUGGACAAAUGCCAAGUACAGGAGCCAGUUACUGGAGCAGGGUCCUUUUGGAGUGGUUAGUGCUGUUGAGAAGCAAUUCUUGCUUCGUGGGAGCUCCUUGAGGAUAGAAGCUGUGUCUUGUUGGUCUCCCAACUCCCCAUACCUGGCACACAAUAGACAUUCGGGAAAUAUUUAUAAAAACAGUAGAUGCCUGUAGAACUUUAAAAACGGAAAAGACCUGCUUUUAGGAGAUAAUGCUGAGGGACACUAUGAAAUCUUGGAAUGAUAGCCAGUCAGAUCUCUGUAGCAGUGACCAAGAAGAGGAAGAAGAGAUGAUUUUUGGGGAAAAUGAAGAUGAUUUGGAAGAGAUGAUGGAUUUAAGUGAUCUGCCUACCUCACUAUUUGCUUGCAGUGUCCAUGAAGCAGUGUUUGAGGUGCAAGAGCAGAAGAAGCCUGAGGCUAGAUGUGAAGUUCAACCUGAACCUGGACUUCCCUGCUCUUUCCUACUUCAUGGGCAGGGAGAACAAGAAAGAGGAAGUGAAGAUUCAGGUGGAUGUCCUGGAGAGGGGAGUCCUCAAGCAGCUGGCGAGAGAUUUGAAGCACUUUUCACCAUCUAUGAUGACCAAGUUACAUUUCAGUUGUUUAAAAGCUUCAGAAGAGUCAGAAUAAAUUUCAGCAAACCUGAGGCAGCAGCACGGGCUCGAAUAGAACUCCACGAAACAGACUUCAACGGGAGGAAGCUGAAGCUGUAUUUUGCACAGGUACAGAUGUCCAGCGAAACACGGGACAAGUCAUAUCUACUGCCACCCCAGCCUGUCAAACAGUUCCUCAUCUCCCCCCCAGCAUCUCCUCCCGUGGGAUGGAAGCAGGGGGAAGACGCGAUGCCUGUUAUAAAUUACGAUUUACUCUGUGCUGUUUCCAAAUUGGGACCAGGAGAGAAAUACGAACUUCACGCAGGCACUGAGUCCACACCGAGCGUGGUGGUUCAUGUAUGUGAAAGUGAAACUGAAGAGGAAGAAGAAACAAAAAACCCCAAACAGAAAAUCACGCAGACACGGCGCCCCGAACCUCCAGCCACCACGCUGAGCGAGCCCCAGACCUUCGACUGUGACUGUGCACUGUGAGGCCCUGAUUGUGGGGCGAGGAGCUGCCAGUGCCAGCAUGGGGUGGGCUUGGAUGGGGGACCCCUGCCGACCGCCCACCAUCUCAGCAAGGCCAGGAAGGAGCAGGGUGUCCACACUGUGGACGGGGUAGUACAGAGAAGCAGCCGAUUUUGCCUGUUCAAAGUUUUAACUGACUGUUCUGAACAGCACUUUAAAUUAAGGGAUUAGCCCCCAACACUGACAACAUGUUGACCAUUUUUAAACAGUAGCAAAUUAGGGAAAUGGCUACCCCCAGUUCGUUUCCCUGACUCGGUAUAGCAUCGUACCCAAAACGAAAACCAUAUUCCUAGAGUGCAGUACCAUUUUCAUUUGAGUAAUCUAGUGUGGGUGUUUUUGUUAUAGUAUAUUGGCUUCCACUUAAUCUACUGGCCACAGGUUAAUUGCUGUUCAAUACACAUGGAGGGUUUUGCACGAAGUGCAAAAGUGUAGAAGUGAAGUGUAGAAUACUUUACAGAAGAUCAUUUUUCUUAAGUGGUUUUUUUUCUUUAGCUUCGGGAAAGAAAUGUCAGAUUCACUUUACUGUCAGAACCAAGUGGCCCCAACGUGUGCGCACUCCUCUCGUCCCUGUACUGUCACUGGCAGAGGAAAGGGAUGCGCCGUCCCUCCUCGAGCUGCAGCUUUGGAAGCUUGACUGACUGUGACCUCUGGCGGCCACCGCGCCCUGCCAUUUGUGACCAUGUCCUGGCCGGUAGCGUUCGACUGUCUCCAACCACGAGUUGAGGUUUUUUCUGUUAUACCUGUUUGUGUGUUGUCAUUCACAGACUAUACAUUAGACAAGGUAAUAGUAAGAUUUUCUGAAGACCACUUUUAAAUUGUCCACUUAAAUCUUUUUCAGUUGGCUUUGAAAGAAAAGCCACACACCUUUUUUUUCUGUGAAUUAGGGAGAGAUGGGGCAGAAGAUGAUGGUUUCAUUAGUCAGACUUUUCUUUUUGGUGUAACUUUUUUACCCUGGCCUCCCGUUGUCAUUCUCCCAUUGUCAUUUUCCGUUAAAACAGAAUUGUUUCCUGCUUGUGUUUCAGUGUAUCCUUGAACCUGCUGAAGUAGAAGCAGGCAUCUUAUUAACUCUUUGUGAUCCAUUCAGACUUCGAAGUCCCUUUUGUAGAAAAGUGUUGUAACUAAGAAUGCUUUGCUUUGGGUUAGGUGGCUCUGUUGAUUCUCUGCACACUCUGAGGUUUUCUUUGUGUGGCAAGAGUCUGGAGCUCCCUGGGGUAUUCGUGAAGGGACAUGUGAGUUUGGACUAACACACCAAUGUGGCUGCCACUACAAAGGAAGGAAAAUGCAGAAAUUCAGGCCAUGUGCUGUCUGUAUGUUUCUGGUAACAUGUUUCUGUGAUUUAGAUGUUCUUAUUGUGGUAGAAUUUAUUUCUGAUGUCUUAAACUUUAUUGCAAAAAAAAAAUCUAUAUUUUCCUUCCCCUCAAGUACUCUGAGAUGAUCAACUCUUCUAUUUGUAGAUACCCACCACUGCUAAGCCUCAAUGUAAAUUCAGUUGAAAUUUGUGAUUCCAAAAGCAGUUUAUUAAAUUCAUCAUUUGACAGUUUAACUGGCAGUCACUUAUUAAAUUUACUUUGCAGUUCUAAAUUCAGCCUUUUGCCAAUUUUUAAUCUUAUCUGGGUAUACUACCUUAUCACUGCAGAAUGGACCCUGUAAGUCAGGAAAUGUGUGUAUUUUCAACAUUUGGAAGGGUUUGAAUCACCUUUUAGGUCAUAUUUUACCUUUGAAGUAAUUUAUUCACUAUCAUUUUCUAAGUGAUCAAAAGUCAUGAUGUUUUAUUAUUUGGCUUGGCUUUCAUGCUCUACCUUCAAGUUAAAGAAUACUCUAUCCCUAACUAAAACUUUCCUCUAAAGUCAAGUAAUGCCAAUUACCUGAAUUUUUCUUUUUUUUUUUUGAGUGUUGAGUAAAUUGAAGAAAGACUUAAACCAAAAUUAAAUAUAUAUUAAAUAAUAUAUAUUUUAUGUAAUAUGUAAUUAUUUAAUAUAUAUUAAACUUUUCUGAGUGGAGAACAUUAAUAUUUUCAUUUUUUCUAGUAUAGUACUUCCAUAAGGUAAACUCUGUGAAAAACAACUAAAUGCCCAUUAACUUUUUAACAUUGUGAAAUCAACCACAUGUUAUGGUCUCUUGUCCUUUUUUGGUUAUUUUGUGUCCAGUUCACAUAUCCAUCUUGUGAGAGGUGAGUCUCAUCCAUCUUUUUUUUCAAGUUCCUUUUAAUAAUUUUAUCUGCAUUUUUUUCUUCUUUGAAAUCAAGUCAUUGCUUAGAUUUAACUGAUACUACAGUAGCCAUGUUUUCUAUAGAAAUCAUAACAUCCUCUCAGGAAUCAAUUUAUUGAGACAGUUAUGAGGAAAGAAGAUGGUGUUUUGGGUUAAGAAAAAACAUUUGUGAAGGGUAAGAAAACCAAAGCACUUAGUAAGGAGAGUUGAUGGAACCUGCGCCGCAUUGGCUCUCAUGUUCUUGCUUCUUUCAACUCACUCACCUGACGAAACCAGAAGUUAAUCCAUUUAGUACUUGUGGGAGCAUCUGCUAGUUUAAGAUGCUAAGAGGCAGAAACAGUAAGAGCAGUUCUCUUACCUGAGAGCGCUGAAAAUCAGGUGGAAAGCAAACUAGUCGUUUCACAUUCUGCUCCUUCAAAAUGGUGUGCGCUAAAACCUGUCAAUAACGAACAACCAAGUAAAAGCUCCUGGGAACUUUCAAGUUCAACAUAAAGGUUUAAAUAUACUUUGUGGUUGAUGGCGUGUUUGAAUUAAAGAGCUACAGGAGUUAGAGUUGGGCUCAGCACUUUCGUUCUUACAGUUGUUUGUGUUUCCCAUUCACAUUAAUUCCAUCUUUUAAGAAUGUUGUGAUCUAAAGUGAGAAGACUUGAUUUCUCAGAAUCUCAGCUACAAAGCUGCAGGUGACUUUGGAAACCGUAUAGUUGUGUUACUCGGACUAGAAAACAGGAGAUGAGACUUGCUGCAAAGUCCAUGGAAAGGCAGCCCCGGUUCUAGAAUUGGCAUUCAUUCCCAACUCCCAGGCUAGGGCUUUCUCUACUUUUUCUUGCAUUAGCCUCUUAAAGACACUCAGAGACAGUGAACCCCAGCCACAAGAAGACAAAAACAAAAAAGGAAAAAGUUAUUUUUCUCCUGUUGGGAUACAAUGAAUAAGAUAAAUCUUAGCUGAUGAAGUCAGUGACUUAGCAGUUUUAAUGAAUGAAUUUGAUGUUCCAUGUUUUGUGUUUUUGUUGUCAUUGUACCAUUGGGUUUGGAAUCCUUUUAAAUAAUGUUAUGUUGAUAGGCAGCAGCUGCGCUGACAUUUAAUCCAAUUUGAGUUUGGAGUGGAGUGACACUCACUCACUGCUUGUAAACUGGAGUCCUGUUAAAUAUUGAAGCCUGACCGUGCUUCAUAUUUUUACAUAGACUCUUUUACAGACCGUGGCUUUAUUUUUUAAAGGAAAAUUUCAAGCAUAAUUAAGCAAUGGAAAAUGUACAAAAUUCUUUGGUGCGUCAGGUUCACUGUCUGCUGGUUCCCUUUCUUUUCUGCAGAGUUGUGUACUUCAUCCCUGUCCUGCAGGUGAGCGUGCUCAGUCUUUCCCUUCUUUGCACAUUUGCAGUUAUAUAUUCCAGUGUGAAAGGAAAUAAAUUACUUACGAUAAGUGUGACAAUAAAAAGAAACGAAAGACUUGGCAAAAUUGUUGCCUCCUAGCUGAGGAGGUAAGUCCACAUUGUAGAACCUCACCUUUUAAGAAGUUAAAUAAGUUUAAAGAAUAAGAUUUAUGAACCUUGUCCAACAAUUUGGUAAAUGCAUGUUUUUUAAACUUUUGUUGGAGUGGAGUCACAUAGAACCUCUUCAUUUAAAUGCUGUUAUUUUUUAAAUCAUGAAUUGGGAGAAUGGUAAUAAUUUGGAGAGUGUUGUUAUUAUUACCAAAUAUACGGUCAACAGAGCAACUGAAAUUUGCAACAAAUCCUAGGUUCACUAACGAAAAAAGUUAUGAAAAUGGUCAAGUAUAAAAUAGAAGUUUCUGGCCAUGGCUAAGAAGAACUAACUAAACUUGGGCUGAGUCAGUGUCUCUGUCCAUUUAAAUGAAAGUUUAAAGACUUUUCACUUGACUAGCCGUGCGGUCUAUCUUGUAAACCUACAUUUCCUCUUGAAACAAAACCAUGUUCUUCAUGCUCUUGGAACUCCCUCGGAGAGAGGCUGAAAGUCCAUCCUUGUCAUGAGGGAAGACUUAUAUCUAUGCAGCGAAUGUGUGUUUUUCUGUAUUGUUGUCUAUUUAGUCCCCAAUCCUCCUCCCUCACGUUGGGGACUGAGGAGGGAGGGGCAAAGGUGGCUGAUCUCGUUGGUGUGCUGUUCGUCCCACUGCUUCUCCGCCCAGGGGGCCCCAGUGCUUUCGUGUCUGCUGCACUGUGCGUAUUCUCCAAGUUUAAGGAAAGUUUCUCCAUCAUUUCACUUCUGUCUUAUUGAACCCAGGGGUUGAACUUACUGUUUUAUCUGAACAUGUUUGUGAUCUUGUGCUGCAUUCUGGGGGCACAUUACCUUCCUGGUACUAUAAACUGUAGUGGGUAUUAUUGUACUUCAGAAAGCUCGUCAGUGCUUCCCGUCUGUGAAUUCCACAUUUCACUGUGCUUCAAGUGGCGAUUCAUAGUUUGUAGCCCUUGGUUUUUUGUCAGCUUUGGCUCUUCCAUAUUUUGGGGACAUUUAAACAUUCCUUGUCCUAUCGUGGUGAUAAAAGCAGAAUGUCAUUUUGGGGGGAAUCUUUGUGAUCAAUUGUAACAAGUUUUGUUUUUAAAGCUAAUAAAUUUAGUGUUUUGGUUUUUUUUUAAU